AUGUCGAUUGGUGUUUGGAAUAUCAGGGGGUUAAAUAAAGUUGUUAAGCAAAAGGAGGUUAUUGAUGUUAUUAGGGAUAAUAAUCUAGGAAUAUGUGCUGUGGUUGAAUCCCAUGUCAAAAUUCUAAACUUAAAGAAUGUUUGUAGCAAAACUUUUGGUAAUUGGGAUUGGAUUUCUAAUAGCAGAUCUUGUGAAGUUGGUACUAGAAUAAUUGUUGGAUGGGAUCCAAAAUUAUUUGAUAUUAUGGUUAUUUCUCAAUCUAAACAAGUGAUUCAUUGCUAUGUUAAAUUCAUUGGUUCAGAUUAUAGCAUGUUUCUUUCAUUUAUCUAUGCUGCUUCCAGAUAUAUUGAAAGAAGGGCUUUAUGGGAAGAUUUGAAAAAAUUUAGCCUAACAGUGAAAAAGGAAGCUUGGUGUAUUUUGGGUGAUUUCAAUGUUGCUUUAAAAGAAUCUGAUUAUUCAGAAGGAUGUUCUAAAAUUCUAAAGGGAGUUGAUGAAUUUUCUGAAUGUAUCAAUUUUAUUGAAGUUGAAGAUUUGAAUAGCACUGGAUUUCAAUUCACUUGGAAUAAAUCCCCAGUCGGUAAUAAAGGAAUUUUGAAGAAGUUGGAUAGGAUUAUGGCUAAUAUGAAAUUCAUGUCUGAUCAUCCUUUAGCUCAUUCAGCUUUCAAACCGUACAGAAUCUCUGAUCAUUGUCCCGCUGUUUUAAUCAUUCCGAAUUGUAAAAUGAGAUGGAAAUCUUCUUUCAGAUUUGCCAAUUUUAUUGCGGAUAAAGAUGAAUUUUUGCCUAUGGUUAAGGAUAUUUGGUCUACAAAUAUUGAUGGUUUUUUUAUGUUCAAACUUACCCAAAAGUUGAAAGUGAUGAAAAAGUAUUGUAGGCAGUUGUGUAACAAGUUUAGAGGAUCGGAAAUGAAAAUUAAAGAGUUAAGGAAGGAGUUGGGGAAUAUUCAGAUGAAAAUUGAUCAGGAGCCUUUUAAUGCUACAUAUAGGGAGGAGAAUGCUAAUAUUCUUUUUGAAUAUAAUGUUGCUUGUAAUGGUGAAGAAAAGCUGCUCUCUUAA